UCCAAAGGGAGGGAGAGAGAGAGAGAGAGAGCGAGAACGAGAGAGAGAAAGCAAACACACUCUUAUCAGUCGCAGUGUGUUAAAAAAUUCCUCCCUUAAUGGGGCAGAGUGAUACCUGCACAGUGUGCGCAGUGGACUUCAAGAGCAACACCAACGGCAAUUUCAUGGAAUCUCAGGUGUGAAUGUUAAUGUUGUUGUGAACCUGAGAAAUAGCCAUCAUGACUAGGCACCACAGAUCAAAGAGCUUCUCCGACAGUCUUUUGCUGGCGGAUGAUGGUGAAGGAGGUGUGGUCGUAGCCGGCAUCAAAGAUGACUCCAUUAGCAGUCAAGGACUAAAAGAAGGAGAUGAAAUUGUUGGUGCCACCAUCAACUUUGAUGAUCUGAAAAAAGACGAAAUCCUGGACAUAUUAAAGCUAAUCGAGCCAUAUAAUGACAAAAUCCAGGUUCUGACAAAGCAGAAUUUGAAACCUAGCAAAAGUAUGGGGAACUUGGAUGGCAGUGUCAAGGCUCCAGAUAUGAUGCUGAAGGAUUCAUACAACAAACUUUUCAAUGCGAAAGUGAAGAAAUUCCUGGACAGUUCAUCUUCAGAACCCACAUCUAGGGACGGAUCUCUUGCAGGAAAUCCAGAAGAGUCGAACCCAGAGGAAAUAGGUGCUGCCUCUGUUGACCUCACCACCGACUUACCCUCUCUCAAUGGUAAACCAAAAGUUGGUGUUUCAGACUUUCUACAGAGAGCAAAGGACAAAGUGGCAAUAAGAGAUGGGCUGGACUCUCCUAACAUUCCAAACACUGCUGGGAUUACUACAGAAACACCAGACAACGGCCUCAGUGCAGAGGUGUCUUUACCUCAAGUGGACAUAACAGCACCUGAGUCUGAUCUCAACCUCGAAGCUGAUGUAAACAUACCAGAGCCAAAUGUAAACAUCAAACCUGACACAGAUAUUAGCGUAUCUCCUCCAGACAUUUUAGGGGAAAACAAUCCCGUAAAAGCCGUAAUUGAUGCUGCUGUUUCAGCUCCUCAAGCUGAAAGUCCAGAAGCAAAAGUUGAACUGAAUGGUGACUUAAGAGUUCCAAGUUCAGAUAUAGAAAUAGACAUUCUGCCGUCAGACAGUAAUCCCCCAGACGUUGAAUUCAAACCACCCAAUGCUAACAUUCAUAUCCCUUCAAAGAACAAGACCAAGCCAUCUAAAAGGAAAUCAAAAGGCAAGGUAAAAGCACCAGAACUUGAUUUAGAUUCACCCUCAGGUUAUGAAUAUACCUCAACAGGAGUACCUGACCUGAAUCUUGACGUUCCCUCAGCAUACAAAUAUGUUCCAGCCGCCUUACCAGAUCUUAACCUUGAUGUACCCUCAGCAUAUAAUUACACCCCAAAUGCUUUACCAGACCUUAAUGUCGAUAUGCCCUCUGCAUAUGAAUACACAUCAAGGAAGUUUGCUCAGGAAAAGCCAACCUUGAGCAUAGCAAGUCCCAAAACAAAGAAAAGAAUCAAAGCCCCAGAUUUAAAAGUUGAAGGUUCUAAAGGUGACCUCUCAGUUCCCCAAGCUGAACUUGGCCUUAGUGCUCCUGACCUGGAUGUAGAAGUGCCUGAUAUUGGAACCCUGCCCAAAGUGUCUGCUCCGGACAUUAGUGGAGGAAUGAAGACAGGAAGUCUUAACAUCAAACCUCCCAAAGUGUCAGGUGGUAUAGAUAUGCCAAACCCAAGUGGCCACUUGCCAAAGCAAGACUUCAAAGGCCCCGAAAUUGACCUCAAUAUUCCAGAUGUAGAUGCUCCAUCGGGAAAAUUGAAAAUGCCUAAAUUUAAAAUGCCCAAAUUCAGUUUUUCUGGCUUAAAAUCACCAAACGUCCCAGAAGUGGAUGUUUCACCCAAUUUAAAAGUUGAUAAGCCAGAUCUGAAGAUGCCUGAUUUUGACACUCCCAACAUGAACCUCUCAGCUCCUAAGAUCAAAGGUGAAAUCAAAACACCAAAAUUGAGUUCCCCAAACAUGAAACAAAAAAAUCCUAAACUAGAUGUCAGUAUUCCCAAUGCUGAUUUAGAUAUACCAACAGGCAAACUCCCUAAACUAAAAAAACCCAAGAUAGACGUCUCCGCUCCAGAUUUUGACAUUGAUGCUCCAUCUGGAAAAUUGAAGAUGCCUAAAUUUGGUGUCUCAGGAACCUUACCAAAAGGACCUGAGGCUGACGUGAAGAUGCCAAAUAUGAAUCUCAGUGGACCAAAGAUUAAAGGAGAUUUCAGUGUCCCUGAUACAGAUAUGCAUUUGGGAAAACCCAAGCUGAAAGACCCUAAAUUAGAUCUAAAUGCUCCUGAUGUGGACAUUGAUGCCCCUUCAGGUACAUUAAAAAUGCCAAAAUUCAGAAUGCCAAAGUUUAGUCUUCCUGAUGUGAAUGGCCCAGAUAUUGGCAUAGAUGGUGAUCUUGAUGGACCAGAUCUCAGCGUAUCACCACCGAAGGUGGGAGCUGGAUUCGAUGGUCCUGAUGUGGAUAUUAAUAUCCCAAAAGCUAAUCUGAAAGGUCCAAAAGCAGACAUAUCGGUCCCUGAUGUUGACGUGGGCAAUCCAUCCAGCAAAUUUAAGUGGCCCACUUUUAAAAUGCCUGACUUUGGCCUCUCGGGACCAAAGGUUAAAGGGCCUGAUUAUAAACUUAAGACUCCAGACAUGGAUGUUUCAGCUCCUAAAAUGAAAGGCGAAAUUAAAGCACCAACAUUGAGUUCCCCAGACUUGAAAUGGAGAAGUCCUAAACUAGAUGUCAGUGUUCCCAGUGCCGAUUUAGAUAUGCCUACGGGCAAACUCCCAAAAGUAAAAAAACCCAAUAUGGACAUCUCCGGUCCAGACUUGGACAUUGAUGCUCCAACUGGAAAACUGAAAAUGCCUAAAUUUGGUCUCUCAGGAACAUUACCAAAAGGGCCUGAGGCUAACAUGAAAAUUCCAAGUAUGAAUCUCAGUGGACCAAAGAUUAACGGAGAUUUCAGUGUCCCUGAUACAGAUAUGCAUUUGGGAAAACCCAAACUGAAAGGCCCUAAAUUAGAUCUAAAUGCCCCUGAUGUGGAUAUUAAUAUUCCAAAAGCUAAUCUGAAAGCUCCAAAAGCAGACAUAUCCGUCCCUGAUGUUGACGUGGGCAGUCCAUCCAGCAAAUUUAAGUGGCCCACCUUCAAAAUGCCUGACUUUGGCCUCUCGGGACCAAAGGUUAAAGGGCCUGAUUAUAAACUUAAGACUCCAGACAUGGAUGUUUCAGCUCCUAAAAUGAAAGGCGAAAUUAAAGCACCAACAUUGAGUUCCCCAGACUUGAAAUGGAGAAGUCCUAAACUAGAUGUCAGUGUUCCCAGCACCGAUUUAAAUAUGCCCACGGGCAAACUCCCAAAAGUUAAAAAACCCAAUAUGGACAUCUCAGGUCCAGACUUGGACAUUGAUGCUCCAUCUGGAAAACUGAAAAUGCCUAAAUUUGGUCUCUCAGGAACAUUACCAAAAGGGCCUGAGGCUAACAUGAAGAUGCCAAGUAUGAAUCUCAGUGGACCCAAGAUUAACGGAGAUUUCAGUGUUCCUGAUACAGAUAUGCAUUUAGGAAAACCCAAGCUGAAAGGUCCUAAAUUAGAUCUAAAUGCCCCUGAUGUGGACAUUGAUGCCCCUUCAGGUACAUUAAAAAUGCCAAAAUUCAAAAUGCCAAAGUUUAGCCUUCCAGGACUCAAGGGUCCAGAUAUUGGCAUAGAUGGUGAUCUUGAUGGACCAGACCUCAGUGUAUCACCACCUAAGGUGGGAGCUGGAUUCGAUGGUCCUGAUGUGGAUAUUAAUGUUCCAAGAGCUGAUUUGAAAGGUCCAAAAGCAGACAUAUCUGUCCCUGAUGUUAACAUGGGCAGUCCAUCCAGCAAAUUCAAGUGGCCCACUUUAAAGAUGCCUGACUUUGGUCUCUCAGGGCCAAAGGUUAAAGGGCCUGAUUAUGACCUUAAGACUCCCGACAUGAACCUCUCAGCACCUAAGAUCAAGGGUGAAAUCAAAACACCAAAAUUGAGUUCCCCAAACAUGAAACUAAAAAAUCCUAAACUAGAUGUCAGUAUUCCCAAUGCUGAUUUAGAUAUGCCCACAGGAAAACUCCCUAAACUAAAAAAACCCAAGAUAGACGUCUCGGCUCCAGAUUUUGACAUUGAUGCUCCAUCUGGAAAAUUGAAGAUGCCUAAAUUUGGUCUCUCAGGAACCUUACCAAAAGGGCCUGAGGCUGACCUGAAGAUGCCCAGUAUGAAUCUCAGUGGACCAAAGAUUAAAGGAGAUUUCAGUGUCCCUGAUACAGAUAUGCAUUUGGGAAAACCCAAGCUGAAAGGCCCUAAAUUAGAUUUAAAUGCUCCUGAUGUGGACAUUGAUGCUCCUUCAGGUACAUUAAAAAUGCCAAAAUUCAAAAUGCCAAAGUUUGGCAUUCCAAGUCUGAAGGGUCCAGAUAUGGGCAUAGAUGGUGAUCUUGAUGGACCAGAUCUCAGCGUAUCACCACCUAAGGUGGGAGCUGGAUUCGAUGGUCCUGAUGUGGACAUUAAUGUUCCAAAAACUAAGCUGAAAGCUCCAAAAGCAGAUAUAUCUGUCCCUGAUGUUGACAUGGGCAGUCCGUCCAGCAAAUUUAAGAUGCCAGAUUUUAAAAUGCCUGACUUCGGCAUCUCAGGACCAAAAGUUAAAGGGCCUGAUUAUGAACUAAACACACCAGACAUGAACAUCUCAGCUCCCAAGAUCAAAGGCGAAAUCAAAACACCAAAAUUGAGUUCCCCAAACAUGAAACUAAAAAAUCCUAAACUAGAUGUCAGUAUUCCCAAUGCUGAUUUAGAUAUGCCCACAGGCAAACUCCCUAAACUAAAAAAACCCAAGAUAGGCGUCUCCGCUCCAGAUUUUGACAUUGAUGCUCCAUCUGGAAAAUUGAAGAUGCCUAAAUUUGGUGUCUCAGGAACCUUACCAAAAGGACCUGAGGCUGACCUGAAGAUGCCCAGUAUGAAUCUCAGUGGACCAAAGAUUAACGGAGAUUUCAGUGUCCCUGAUACAGAUAUGCAUUUGGGAAAACCCAAGCUGAAAGGCCCUAAAUUAGAUCUAAAUGCCCCUGAUGUGGACAUUGAUGCUCCCUCAGGUACAUUAAAAAUGCCCAAAUUCAAAAUGCCAAAGUUUAGCGGUCCAAGUCUGAAGGGUCCAGAUAUUGGCAUAGAUGGUGAUCUUGAUGGACCAGACCUCAGUGUAUCACCACCGAAGGUGGGAGCUGGAUUCGAAGGUCCUGAUGUGAAUAUUAAUGUUCCAAAAACUAAGCUGAAAGCUCCAAAGGCAGAUAUAUCUGUCCCUGAUGUUGACAUGGGCAGUCCAUCCAGCAAAUUUAAGAUGCCAGAUAUUAAGAUGCCUGACUUUGGCGUCUUAGGACGAAAGGUUAAAGGACCUGAUUAUGAACUUAACACUCCAGACAUGAACCUCUCAGCUCCUAAGAUCAAGGGUGAAAUCAAAACACCAAAAUUGAGUUCCCCAAACAUGAAACUGAAUCAUCCUGAUCUAGAUGUAAAUGUUCCCAGUGCUGAUUUAGAUAUUCCUACUGGCUUGAAUAUUUCUCCGAGACUAAAUGGGAAAAUGCCAGAGGGCCACGUUUCAGGAACCUUAAAAGAUUACACCACAGCCCUCGAACCCAGAGUCCCAGAUCUCGACAUUGACGCCACCUUAGGUAAAUAUAGCAGUCACAAGAAAUCGAAAAGUCAUGCGCCAGAUGUGGAUGUGAGGGGCUCUGCUCUUGAUUUAGAUCAUGCUGAUAUGAAUUUUUCAACCAAAGUCCGUCCCUCAAAGAAGACAAAAGUCAGGGCAAGCUAUUCAAUUAGUAAGGAGAAUGAGAUCACCAAUGCUAAGGUUUCCCUCCCGGAAUUACCAACUCCUCGAGACCGAGUAAUGACCUUGCCAGAGUCUAGUAUAAAAGUUAGUAGGCCAGACACGAAACUGAGGAAGUCAAUGGACUUUCUGGACUCAGCUGCUUUGGACACAGCAGAGAGAUCGAUAACACUUCGGCGGAAGUCUAAAAGAGAACUCUAUGACGGGAAGUUAAACUCUUUGAGGAGUCUAGACGAGAGGACCACAACUUUUGAUCUUGAGGUUCCAGAAGCCUCCCCGAAAGGGUCUGUGUUUGAUCUGCUUAAGCUUAUAUGAAGCCUGUCCAUCUGCAUAUUAUAGUGCAGAGAGUUACUGUGACACAAAUAGAUUGACAAGACAACCAAAACCACAUAUGGAAAAAUCUUAAAGGCCAUACUCUGAAAUACACUGUCCAUGAGGGAAACUAUAUUCUCAAUGAAAUUCUUAAGGUGUGUUCCUACAGAUGGAUAUCUUAAAUUUCUUUUGUACAGUAAUCUAAACUGCUGAAUUAUUCCACAGAGACCUGUAGUGCUUUAGAGUAGUGUUUAAUAAUGUAUGUAUAUGUAAAAUACAUUAUGUACAAAGUGAUGUAUAAAGCCUCAAAUUUUAUAUUUUUGUAAUCUUUGUGUAUUCUAAUUUCAAUAUAUUGCUGAUAUAUUGUGAUGUUUCUACAGGUGUAACAAUGAGGAUAUAUAUUAAAAAUAUAUUAUAUUUCGCAAGAAGA